AUGGAUAUACACCUAGAUGAUCGCCCCCAGCUGCAGCUAGCAGCAACACUGCAGCAGCAGCAGCAGCAGCAGAAGCAGCAGCAGCAGAUCUGGCCAAUGGAGCAACAGGAUCAACAGGAGCAGCUACAGCAGCUGCAGCAUCAGCUGCAGCAGCAGCAGCAGCAGCACUAUGAUGCAGCAGUAGCAACACCAGAUGCAUUUAUGUUUGUGGUGUACAUACACUGCGUUAAGGGUCUUAAACAAGAAACAGAUGCAGCAGCAGCAACAGCAGCAACAGCAGCAGCAGCUGCUGCUGCUGCUGUAGGCAAUCGUGUUGCAGUUGAAUGGACUGCGCAGUCUGUCUAUCUAGAGAGGACAGACGUCUCCCCUAGCAGCUGCCUGAGUGGCGACAGCAGCAGCAGCAGCAAACUGCAGCAGCAGCAGCACGUAGCAUAUGUCUUUGUUGCUUCGCAACGCCGCUGGCACCAGCACCAGUACCAACGUCUAUGCAGCAGCAGCAGCAGCAGCAGCAGCAGCAGCAGCAGCCGCAGACUGCGGCAGCAGCAGCUACACUUCACAGAGCCCCACAGUGACCUACAAGCUUCUUACCUCCUACAGGCUCUGUAUGCAUUAAUAGCAGAAAGAAAACAAACUGCAGAUGCUGAUUCUGCUGCUGUUGCUGCACCUGUUGCUGCUGUUGCUGCGUCUGUUGCUCCCUGUACUGCUGCUGCAUCUACUGCUCCUUGUGCUGUUGCUGCAUCUCCUCCUGCUGCUGCUGCUGCAUCCGCUGCAGCUGCUGCUUCUUUAGUAGGAGAAGCACAAGGCAUAGAUGUUACUACGGACGGCGAGCCUGCAGCAGCAACGGCUGCAGCAGCAGCAGAAGCAGCAGCACAAGCAGCAGCAACAGCUGCAGCAGCAGCAGAAGCAGCAGCAGCAGCCAGAGGUGCAGCAGAUAGUUGGGGUGAGGUGUCUCCCCCGGACAUGCAAUUGGGACAGCAACAGCAGCAGCAGCAGCAGCAGCAGCAGCAGCAAGAGCAACAGCCAGAUCAACCCCAGAAAGAAGAGAACCAGCAGCAACUGCAGCAAGGGCUGCAGCAGCAGCAACAACAGCUGGAGCAUGCAAAUGACAUGCAGGUUGAACAGCAGCAGCAGCAGCAGCAGCAACAGCAGCACGAGGAUCAGGAGCUACAGCAGCAGCAGCAGCAGACAACUCAGCAGGAAAGGAUAGAAGAUAACAACGAUGCGCAGCAUUUGUUGCUGCAGCAGCAGCAGACACUGGAGCUUACGCUGUCUGCAACGCAUGCAUCAUCAGCAGCAGCAGAAGUGCAGCAGCAGCAGCAGCAGCAGCAGCAUUUUAGGGAAGAUCCUCAGAAUGCUGCAUGCGCUGUUAGUCAUGGUGUCUCUCUUGACCCCACAGGUCUUAGUCAUUUGCUGCUGCUGCAGCAGGAGCAGCAGCAGAAGCAGCUGCAGCAGCUGCAGCAGCAGAAGCAGCAGCAGCGUCCUGAUUCGCCAGGUAAGGAGUUGCUGCUGCAGCACCAUGCUGCAGCAGCAGCAGCAAGAGGAGCACUACGUCGUGCAUCUAGCGGUAUGUCUUUUGCUUGGCAGCAGAGAUGGCAUCAGCUGCAGCAGACCUUGCAACCCCGUCAACACCAGCACCAGCACCAGCAACAGCAGCAGCAGCAGCAGCAGCAGCAGCAGCAGCAGCAGAAGAGGAGCCGCAUAAGAAGAAGUGUCUCCUCUCCAUUUAAUUUUACUCCUUUCCCUCGCAGCACAAGACUAUUAGAUGAGCUGUCUCCUCUACACUCUCCUUAUAGCUACUGCAGCAGCAGCAGCAGCAGCAGCAGCAGCAGUGGCAGUGGCAGCAGCAAUGGAGGCAAUAGAUCACUUAUGGUGUCUCCUACUGCAGCAGAUGCUGCUGCAUCUGCUGCUGCUGCUGCUGCUGCUGCAUCUGCUGCAGUUCAAGAGAGAGCCUUCUUCUCAGCUAAGCAGAUGUCUAUGUAUGACGGCCUGCAGCAGCAGCAGCAGCAGCAGCAGCAGAUGCUGCUGCUGCAGCAACAGCAGCAACAGGGAGAAGCAAUUUCUGUCUCCUUGACACAGCAAAAGUUGCCAGCUGCAGCAGCAGCAGCAUCAGCAGCAGCCGCUGCAGCAGCAGCAGCAAGGAGUUGCAUGCAUGAGGAAGCAAACCCUAAGAGGAACGAAGGAGGAUUCAGCAGGACACCGCGCAGCAUCUGCAGCAGCACCAGCAGCAGCAGCAGCAGCAAUAGUACCCUUACUAGUCCUGUCAGCUACCCAGCUGUGCUGCAGCAGCAGCAGCAGCAGCAAGGGCUGCUGCAUGCACAUAAAGCUGCUGCUGAUGGCAGCGCGGCUUACGAGGCAGCAAAAAGAACUUUAGAGCGAGCAGCAGCUGCAGCGCAUGCAGGAGUAUCUCCUCCUGCAGCAGCAGCAGAGGCAGCAGCAGGAGUGCUGCUGCAGCAAGUGCAGCAGCAGCUGCAGCAGCAUCACAACAGGCUGCGGCGAUUAUCUUCUAACGGGGGUGCAGCAGCAACAGCAGCAGGAAGCAGCAGCAGCCCCAACAGCAUGCAAUCGCAGCGCAGCAGCAGCAGCAGCAAAGUAAAAGAGGAUCCCCUGCUGCUGCAGUUGCAGCAGGCACUAGAAGAAGCAGCAGCAACUUGUUCACGGCUGCUGCAGCAGCAGCAGCAGCAACAGCAGCAGCUGCUGCUGCAAGGACGUCAUGGCAUUAGCUUAAGUCAGUCAGCGUGUGUUGAUGGAGGCAGCAGACCAUCUGCUGCUGCUGCUGCUGCAGCAGCAGCAGCAGAUGCAUCAACAGCACAAACUGCAGCAGCAGCAAGAGAGCUGCUGCUGCAGCGCAACAAGAUCUGCGAGCUGCAGCAAAGGCUUGCUCGUCUAUGUGGGCAGCAAGCCCCUACAUCAGCAGCAUCAGCAGCAACAGCAGCAACAGCAGCAACAGCAGCAGCAGCAGCAGCAGGUCCGUAUAGUGGAGAAGGCGGUGUUGCUUCUGUCUCUCCUGCUAGCUGGUUCUCUGGUGCAGCAGUAUCAGCAGCAGCAACAACACCCGCAACAGCAGCAGCAGCAACACCGGCAGCAGCAGCAACAACAACAACAACAAAGCCAGCAGCAGCAGCAGCAGCAGUAUCCCUUGCAGACUGCAUGCGUUCCUUAACACUGCAGCAGCAAUCUCUUGAGAAGCUGCGUGACGAUGGUUUCCCUUCGCAGCAGCAGCAGCAGCAGCAGCAGCAGCAGGCACUGCAGCAGCACAAGCAUAUACAGCAGCAGCAGCAGCAGCAGCAGCAGCAGCAGCAGAUGUGGGACUGUGACGUUGAUACAUUAUUAGCGGAGUUGCUGCAGGAGGAAGGACAGCUGAGGUGUACGUACACCUCAUUGCUUCCUGCAUCAGAGCCAGCAACUGCAGCAGCAGCAGCAGCAGAAGCUAGUGCAGCUAGUAAUGAGGCAACAGCAGCAGAAGAAGCAGCAGAAGCAGCAGCAGCAGCAGCAGGAGAUACAACAACAGCAGCAACAGAUGCAGCAACAAGCACAGGCUUUGAAUGUCCUGUACUACCAACUGUAUCAGAGACCCUCUCCCCAACAAACCUUCAGCAGCAGCAGCAGCAGCAGCAGCAGCAGCAGCAGCAGCAAGAGGAGGAGGAGCAGCAGCAGCAGCAGCAGCAAAAGCAGCAACCUCGAGUAAAUGCUGCUGCAAGCUCGCACUGCGUAAGAGAUGCCCUUGUUGAGCCACAAGGGCAGCAACCUCCCUGCCGCAGCAGCAGCAACAGCUGCAACAGCAACAGCAGCAGCAACAGCAACAGCAGCAGCAGCAGCAGCAGCUGUUGGGUAUCAGGGAAGAAGGAAGAAGCAACUGUUGUUGAUGUACAUACACCUCAAGUAGAGGAGGCAUUCAAAUACACCCCAACAUCCAUUCACGAAGAGCAGCAGCAGCAGCAGCAGCAGCAGCAGCAGCAGCAGCAGCAGCAGCAGCAGCAGCAGCAGCUGUUGCUGCUGCAGCAGCAACAGCAGCAGCGGCAGAGAAACCUGCAACUGUUUCAGCAGGAAAUGCAGCAGCGGGAGGUGCUAAGGCACAUGCAAGCGCAGCAACAGCAGUACCAACAGCAGCAGCAGCAACAGCAACAGCAGCAGCAACAGCAGCAGCAGCAGCAGCAGCAGCACCUGCUGCUGCAGAAGCACCUAUGGAAUGCGGGGGUGUGGGGCCCCGCUACCCCAUGGCAGCAGCAGCAGGACACUUUGCUGCUGCAGCAUACAAUAGACAGGGAGGAAGAGGAUGUGCUGCAGCAGCAACAGCAGCAGCAGCAGUUCCAGCUGCAGCACCAGCAGAAGCUGCACCAACUGCAACAACAGCAACUGCAGCAGCAGCAGCAGCAACUGCAGCAGCAGCAUUUAGUUGGUGCUGCGCUGCCCCUUGGGCGUCAUCGUCUACAAGGCAGAGGGACAGCACUGAGCUGCCUAUACACUGGAAGCAGCAGCUACCAUCAUCGCAGCAGCAGAAGCAGCAGCAGCAGCAGCAGCAGCAGCAGCAUAAUCAGCAGCAGCAGCAGCAACAGCAGCAGCGUAUCUUUAUACCAGACAUUAAUAUCUAAUACUCCCUGCAGCGCUAAAUCUUCUCCUCUCUCCUCCUUGCCCCCUCUCCUUGACCCCCAGCAGCAGCAGCAGCAACAGCAGCAACAGCAGCAACAUCAGCAGCAGCAGCAGCAGCAGCACCAGCUGCUGCAGCAGCAGCUAAGAAGACAGCUGUCUUGUCGCUCUGCUUCUCUCCCUGCCCUCCCUCGUGUACGUGAAUGGUUUAUAGGAGGCAGGAAGCCAACACUCUUCCCUGCUGCUGCUGCUGCUGCUGCUGCACCCUUCCCUCCCCUGCAGCAGCAGCACCAGCAGCAACAACAGCUACGUGCAUGCAGAGGACUACCAAGGAUGAGGUCUCUCCCUGUUAGCGCAAACCCCACAGAUUUCUUUGCUAGCAGCAGCAGCAGCGAGACCGAGCAGCAAAAGCCAGCAGCAGCAGCAGCAGCAGCAGCAGCAGCAACUGCAGCAACUGCAGCAACAGGAGCAGCAGCAGCAGCAGCAACUGCAGCAACUGCAGCAACAGGAGCAGCAACAGCAGCAGGACGGAGGCCACCGUCCAUUGUUGCGCCUUCAGGUGCUACUGUUGCUGCUUGUUGGCUGCAAAGCCCUCAAUAG